AUGAGCCCUCAUUCGGAUGAUGAUGAUUUUCCUGCUAAAGAAGAGGAUGAAGUGUCCAUUCCUCGCGCUUCGCUUAAUAAGUUUGUCAAGGAGGUACUACCAGAUGCACGGUUAACUACAGAAACACGUGAUCUUCUCCUAAAUUGCUGUCAUUGUUUUAUUCACAAAUUGGCUACGGAAGCUAAUAUCGCAUGUUCUAAAGCUAAUAAAAAGACUAUAAGUCCACAGCAUAUACUUGAGGGUCUGGAUGCCAUGAACUUAUCUUCCUAUAAAGAACAUGCUGAAGUGGCUUGUCAGGAAGCUAAAGAAGAAAUCAAAGGUCGAAAAAUGCUUAGUGCUAGUUAUCGGUUUAAACACCAAGACAGCGAAGAGUUGGAAAGACUAGCUAAAGAACAACAAGAAAUUUUCGAACAGGCAAGGGCUGAUUUCAUUGGGGAACGGUUAGACAGAGAAGACUUGUUGGCAGCUUCAAAUUGUGCUGCAUCAGACCUUAGUAACUACAUGAUCGGACAUGGAUUAUCACAGUCUUGUAAUUAUCCAAAUGUUAACUCUGGAGAUAUUAAUUCAGCAACCGAAUCAUCUACUUUGCCUACAGCUACUGGAUCCGGACGAAUUUUAGGCUCUUCAGUCAUUGGAGAUGAUGAUAAUUAUGACGAGUAA